AACAACUCCAGUCUCGAACCGUUUGAACCGCAAGAGACGACCCAAACUCCACUCUACCUCCGACAACCUAUAACCUAACUAAUCCAUCUCUCUACAUCGCCUCUCCUAAGGAACCUACGACCAUUCCGCUAUUGAUCCGAGGAGGCAUUUUGAGGAAAAUAUUUCGAGAAGGAUAGGAAAAAAGAGAAAGAAUCGGACAAAAGGGAACCUUGGAAAAAGCAAAGCGCCAAUCGAGGAAGCAUAGUCAUGCCCGCCAUCCGACCCAACACCGCCGUGCGGGCCUCCCGUGCCCUGCAGCAGCAGUCCAAGCAAUCUUCCACCACAUCAGUCAGACCUUUCUCGGCCACGGCGCGAGCGCCCUCCUCCCACGGCCCGCAGUACGACCCCCCGACCGGCUGGCUAUUCGGGGUAAAGCCCGGCGAGAAGUACCAGAAGGAGGGCUGGGAGAACUCUUUCUUCUACGGCUUCUGCGGAAGCAUCGCUGUUGCUGCUAUCGCCUACGGCUUCAAGCCCGAUACCUCGAUACAAACAUGGGCCUUGGAAGAGGCGCGACGACGGUUAGAAGCUGAGGGUAUUCUCGAGGACCCGGACAAGAAGAAAUGAUAGAUUUUCGCUGGGUUAUGGAUGUUAUAAACGGGGGUUAAAGUUGGCACAACAACGCGGAAUCGAGAUUCGACUUGUACAUGAAAUCCCGGUUUUCCUUUUGACUCUCCGCGUCUCCGUUCUUCUGACGGAGGAUCGCCUUCGAUUAGAGAAGCCAUCAUAGACGGGUCGCCUCUAAGUUAACGAGGCGGCAUAGUACAUGCAACAAACUGCAAUUGAUCUUUUACUACACGA